AUGUCGAGUGCUAGUUCCUUCUUACCUCCAACGCCUACAGGUGCUACUACCAAUUCAGUCGCACCUUCAAGGAAUACUCUCCCAUCAGAUGGUGUCAACAAGCCAACAGUGCCUUUCCCAUCAAUUGCCGUUAUAAAAGCAGGUCCAUCUUCCCAUAAUUCGACUCAAGAGUUUCCCUCAUCCCAGAAAACAACCUUACCACCAAUUCAACAUCAUUCAUUAAUCUCAAUGCCCAUAAGAUCCACCAAUCAUCCACCACCACCGCAAUUACAACAGCAAUCUCAAUUAAAAGCUCACCCUGUUCCGAUUCCAUUGCCUCCUGCUGUUCCAGUGAAGAGUAUAUCACAAGAGAAUUCAAGUGGAGGUGUCGUUGUGGGUCAGCAACAGCACACAGAAGUCCCCCAGAUACAAUUGCAACAACAAGAGCUUUCACCUUUCCAAUCAUCUAAUGAUCACUUCAAAGCACAUGACGCUGAUUCUGUAUCAUUUUCAGAUUCUAAUCCGCCUAGAAAACGUUCUAAGGUUUCGAGAGCAUGUGACUGUUGUCGAAAGAAGAAAAUAAAGUGUAAUGCAGAGUAUUCUACGACGUUGAUGAAAGUUGUGAAGAUUUGUCAGAAUUGUCUUAAGAAUAAUGACGAGUGUACUUUCUCUAGAAUUCCAUUGAAAAGAGGACCAUCAAAGGGUUAUAUACGGGAUCUAGAGGAAAAGUUGGAAAGUAAACCCAAACCUGAAGAAUCGCUAAGUGAAUCAGGGGCCAAUUCUUCUGAUUCUCCCAUAGUGAACCAUAGCAAUGAUAAUAUUAUUAAUACUAAUGCCAAUAAUACUCAUACUCCAUCCAAUAAUACACAUACUUCAUCCAAUAAUACACAUACUCCAUCCAAUACUCCGAAUACUCAAAAGAAUGGAAACUCCCCGACAAUAAUACUUCCUCCUUUGAUAGGCUACCAAUCGAAGUUGUUGGGGAUUUCAAAUCAGAAUGAGAAUUCCAAUCCUUCAAGUCCUGGUGGUUCAUCGAUAAGCAAUUUGUUGAAUAAUAAUAAUCUGAAUACUCAAAAUGAGCAAGCAAAUGGUAAAAGUUCUGGUGGUCCAUCCUCAUCUUCUAAUGCUGCUCCUCCUCCACCAAAUACAAAUUCACCACCAAUUCAAGGUCCCUUCUGGAAAGUUCCUUAUGAAAUGCCCAAUGCAAUUAGUCACCGAAGACGUUCCUCCUCAAUCGAUUCGAUCUCUUCCACUUCAACAAAUGGUUCGAAGUUACCAAGUCUUAGACCUUCAAUCUCAGGAAGUGAAAGCACGUUUGUAUCUGAUAGUGAAUCGGAAGAUUAUUAUUCAGUUCGUUCAAUGUCCCGAAGACAAAGUCUUUCACCAAGGAAUUCUGUUACCUCUCUAACUUCAUUAAAUGGAAGACUUAAUAGAUCUUUGACUUUGCAACAAUCAGGAUCCCAAUCUUCAAUAAUCCAAAGUCCGGUUAGUGUUCAGCCUAUGUACUUUACUGUUCCACCAAUUCAACCUCCACAACAACUUCAAGGAAUAGUCCAACAAAAAACCCCACAACAAGUAUAUGGACCUCCCCUUCAAUCACAACCAAUUCCACCUCCACUUCACAAUCCUACGUUUUACCCCAUAACUCCAGGUCAAUUACAAGGUGCUGGAGUACCUCCUCCUCCCCCUCCUCCUCCUCAGCAACAACAACAACCACAAGACCCUAAUCGUCCGAUCGGAGGUCAAGCAAUCCAAUCUGCGCCUCUUCAGAUUCCGUAUAGGUUGCCUAUCAACCCUCUUAAGGAAAACUUGAAGUUAUACUAUUCAAAAUUCCAUCUGGCUUUCCCAGUACUCCCCAAUGAUGAAUCGUUUGCGUUUCGUUUGAUGGAAACCGUGGAGGUGCAUAAUGAAGGAAGCACAAACAGUAGCAUUGAUGGUAAAGCCAAAGUGACGAAUGAAACAUUCAUCAUAAUUGAAUUAUUUAAUGUUGCAUUGAAUAAUUUGAAUAACUUCAAACAGCUUACUGGUGCCGAUAAUAUUCAACUUAUUCAAAGGUUAUUAAACUUUUAUCCCUCAAAACCAUCACAAUUAUAUCUGGAAGCCUACGUCCAUUUUUACUUGUGCACAUUAUCUGUUAUCAACUAUACCAUGUGUCUUAUUGGAGAGUUUUAUUCGUUGAGUAUCUCAACAAUGAACAACUUGGUGAAUGACUUAAAAAUUAUCAACUCACAACAAGUGGCCGAGUUUCAUGUUCAAUUGGUAUUAAUUUUGGUCAUUUUUGACGAUAUUAAUGCACUUUCUAAUGGAGUUAAUCAGAUUGUUAGUCCACAUAUGAUUUCAUGGUUGGAAUUAACUCUACAGAAAUCCAACAGAGAUUUUUCAACCUUGAAUGAAACUUCCCAGAACUUUAAUGUAUUCCAUCAACUAUUGGAGUUAAGAAAAUCCAAAAGUUUACAAGUCUCAGUAUUUGAGGAAGGCUUUGACAUUGAAAGGACGUUACCUUUGACCCAAACCUUUUUCAAUUUCCUCAAGAUUCUUCUUGUGCACAAACAGAGCUUGAUAAAGGCAAUACUUGAGACCAACUACCUUAUGGAAUCAACCAUGGUGCCUCUUUUAAACCGAUUGGCAACGUCAAUAAUGAAUUUUCUGAAUUAUUUAUCGUCAUCAAAUAAUUAUGCUGAGUUACUUGUGAACCCAUAUUUGAAUUUGAUAUUCUGUCAACUAUUUAAGAUGAUAAAGUACUCCAAGAUUAUAAAUGAUGAGUUUGGCAAGGCUUUUUCUUCACAGGAUAAGUUGGGCAAGAUCAAUAACGAUUUAUCCAUAUCGUAUAACUUGUUGAACUUAGAUGUGAAUUAUUUUAACUUGCCCAAUUCGACCAAGGCCAAAGUUGAUAGUUACAGGGUAACUUUCAAUGGAGGACCCAAACCGGAUGCCAAUAGCAAUAAGAAUGGUGGCUCAACAUCAACAGAAAUGGAUGCCAUUAAGUCUGUUACUACGUCAUUGUUACAACAAGAAUUGAAUGAUGGAUGGUUGUAG